UGAAAAUCAUGCUUGAAGCGAGUAAAAGAGAUCACAACCCAAAGGCGUAUCUGAGGCUUCAGGGUAGGCCGGUCGGAUCACGUGCAGCGAGAGGCGAGCUAGCAGUCGCGACGCCGCGCUUGGUAACUCGAUAGCUGCAGGGCUGUGAUCCAAUCGCAAAAUUUCAAGAUCAUCAAUUUUUGCGCCUUGUGACCCAACCCGCCUCAUCCGGACAUGCGAUAGGUAGUCAAAUCCGAGGAUAUUUGAUUUCAUAAUAAGGACAUUGCUAUUUUGCCUCUUCGCAAUUGACACCAAGGCCCGAAUCGCAUCGCCAAGAUGGUCCAAAUCAGCGAAGUCAAGGGCAACAAACGCGAUAACCGCACUGCGGCUCACACACAUAUCAAGGGCCUGGGGCUAAAAUCUGAUGGAUACGCUGAUACCCAAGCUGGUGGCUUUGUUGGCCAGGUUCCCGCUCGAGAGUCAUGCGGCGUGGUUGUCGAUCUGAUUCGAGCUCACAAAAUGGCCGGCCGAGGUGUUCUGUUAGCUGGUGGCCCGGGAACUGGAAAGACGGCUUUGGCUCUUGCGAUUAGCCAAGAAUUGGGAACCAAGAUUCCCUUUUGCCCAAUCGUGGGCAGCGAGAUCUAUUCGUCAGAAGUCAAGAAGACCGAAAUCCUGAUGGAGAACUUCCGAAGAGCGAUCGGCCUCAAGGUCCGGGAAACGAAGGAGGUCUAUGAGGGCGAGGUUACCGAACUUACGCCAGAAGAGGCAGAGAAUCCUUUGGGCGGCUACGGAAAGACGAUCAGCACGCUGCUAAUCGGACUGAAGAGCGCCAAGGGCCAGAAAAAGCUUCGAUUGGACCCAAGCAUCUACGAGGCUAUCCAGAAGGAGAGAGUCACUGUCGGCGACGUCAUCUACAUUGAGGCGAACACCGGUGCUUGCAAGAGGGUGGGACGGUCCGAUGCAUAUGCCACCGAGUUCGACCUUGAGGCCGAGGAAUACGUACCCAUCCCCAAGGGUGAGGUACACAAGAAGAAGGAGAUUGUGCAGGAUGUCACAUUGCAUGACCUUGACGUUGCAAACGCUCGGCCGCAGGGUGGCCAGGACAUCAUGAGCAUGAUGGGCCAGUUGUUAAAGCCCAAGAUGACAGAAAUCACGGACAAACUGCGUGCCGAAAUCAACAAGGUUGUUGGAAAAUACAUUGACCAGGGUGUGGCUGAAUUGGUCCCAGGUGUUUUGUUCAUCGACGAGGCUCACAUGCUCGAUGUGGAGUGCUUCACCUACCUAAACCGAGCAUUGGAAUCGCAUCUCGCCCCCAUUGUCGUUCUGGCUUCGAAUCGGGGAAUGUGCACAAUAAGAGGCACUGACGACGUUGUUGCGGCUCAUGGCAUUCCUCCCGACUUUUUAGCGCGAAUGCUCAUCAUACCCACGUCCCCAUACUCGGCAGAUGAGAUCAAGAAGAUUGUCAGGCUCCGUGCCACGACGGAGGGUGUCUCGAUUACCGACGCUGCCAUUGACAAAAUUUCCGAGCACGGUGUCCGCGUUAGCUUAAGAUACUGCCUACAGCUGCUGACACCCUCAAGCAUUCUUGCCAAAGCGAAUGGCCGUACUCAGAUCGACCUCCAGGACGUGUCCGAAUGUGAGGACCUCUUCCUAGACGCCCGCCGUAGCGCUGCACUAUUGGCCAGCGAGGGGGGUAAAGGCUAUCUGUAAUUUGCAAAGAGGAUGGACGAACAGGGCUAGAUCAUGCAAGGGAGGAGUAUCAUUGUGAAGGAUUGGCGCUGGGCGGUGUGCCAAACGAGUCACUACUGGUUAAUAAAUAGGUCAUGACGGAUUUUGACGGAAAUCCUAGGCACAUCUUUUUUCUUUUUUCGGUUGUCUUUUUGCAAAAACGAUGUACGGAGUAAUAGCUACUGGGGGGGAAGGGUUUUAGACCAGCCCUGAGAAAUGAUUGGGCUUGAAUGAAUGAAAGUAAUCUGAAAUGGCGGGCCGGCCAUGUCUCUUACGCUGCCAACGUAACAAAGAUUGCC